GUGGGUCGAUAAUUGUGGACUCGCUGUGAAGUUAGUUUAAGCAAGUUUUGUGCAGUGUGCACUGUGUGUGGAAGGAUCUUGAUGUAAGUGACAUAGGAAAGGCGGCCUGAAUAGAGAGCGCGCUUAGGUGAUAUUUAUUUAAUCCACAAAGGCGUAAUAACUUCAUCACUGAUAAAUGUAGUGCAGAAUAAAGUGAUGCAUUAUAAAACCUCUAUAUGAUGUUUAUCUUUUUCACUUAAUUAUUUGAACGAACUGAACAGUUUUAGUCAUGGUUAAACAAUGUUAGAAGAAAACAACGCAGUGCUGACACUGUUUCUCACUGUUUUAAUACUGAUCUGGGACAAUGUGAUCGUAUUUCUGUGAUCGUCUAGUACCUACGUAAUGUUCGAUUUGUAUUGAUUGUGAACGAUCACCACAUGCGCUGAUGCAUCAUCGUCUGUAUUUUCCAUAGGAAUUCCCCAAUGAUUAGCCUACACGCCUAUAAAUGUUGAACUGCCUGAGGAGUUUGCUACAUCUAUUUACGAUAGGUGUUGUGUGUAUAUCAACAGUGCUGAUAAUAGCAUCAUCACAAUCUGUGUUCUAUAAGUGGGAGAAAUCGUUACGCCCUUUCAGCAUGUGCUUGGGGUAAUGCACAGUUGUGUUGCAUAACCCUGUGUUGAUUAUCUUACGAGUUGUUACUCUGACCAAUUAUUUAAGAGUCCAAUUGACCGCAUGAGUUGUAGUCAAAGAAAGAAAUGGUUAGAUGGUGAGCGUAUGUUAUCACUAUCCGAGAAGAUCAUAGCUCAAGAACCGAUAGGACCUGGGAGCCUGCUACAAACGACCGAGAAGAUAGCAGACACGACACUCUUUCAGGAUUAGCUGAAGAGAUGAUCGCAGUCAAAACAAACUCGCAAGUUGACCAAAAUAUUGCAUGCAGAAUAAAGCGACAUCACUCAUGACAUCGAUAUACGCUAUAACAUGGACGGAUAUAUUCUUUCGGAGCCUUCCCUUCUUCUUCUGCCAAUGGCAUAACGACUUCUUAGACUAUGCCUUUCAUUUCUGGCUUACUAGACUAGAAUGAUACCACGAAGUUGGAUAUUCAGUCCUCACUACUGGGGAGCGGUUGGGAUGGGUUUUGAACACCAGUCCUGCGUAUGUGGUGUGGUUCCACCUAGGUAAAGAAGAGUGUUAUUUACACUAAGUUCAGAUCUUUCAGGAUCUCUAGGAUUGCAAGGCUCCUUAUAUGACCAGGCAUUUUGGAUGACGGGGCCUACGAGCGAAACGGUCUUAUGGUAAGGUUCCUUAGGCGUCGAUUUACUUGAAUUUCCGUUCAUUUUAGGGCCAGGCCAGUUCAUUGUAUGUAAUCAAAUCCCAUCCAGACCGCUUCAUAUCGUUGGCAGGACUGAUUGUCCAGCUGAGAGUAACAUUAAGUCACAGUACACCAGAAAUGGCAGAACGAGAUCUCUUGAGAUUGUAGUCACAAGGAAGAAAAAGAAGAGCCAGGCUUAAAUUGAUGUGCAGGUUUCAAAAUAAUUUACACGUUGUUUACAAUUUUGCUUUUUCAAGUUAAUGCGUGAUGCAUAAUUUGUCUAUACCUAAAACCCCGUUGAUAUUGUUGUGACCCGGCCUGCCGUUCCCUGGAUUGCUGCAGUCACUCACCGCUGACAAUCAUGCUGUUGAUGUGUUUGUGAGAGCGGUAGGCCUGGGUAACGUUGCCAGGGGCAAUGAACGGGAGCCUAGCGUGCAACAAGGAUUCUGUUUCUAACGGUCCUCGGGACAAGCGGUCCGCGUUUUCACGUUGUAAUUUCGUAGUAGAAUAUAUUGUAUCUUAUCGGCCUAACCAAUGUUUUAAUUGUAGCGUCAUAAGCCAGUGGAGAUCAGUGUGGGGAACAUUUUAGUCGUGCUUCAGAGCACAGUAUGGAAUUGGCUGCCGAAGUGAGUGCACCGUUUGACGGAAGCUGAUGCCGUGUUGAGACAUCCUAAGUUACUUUGCGCUCUGGUGAUCUUUGUUUAUUGUGAAAUGGAUAAACCAUCGAUGGUGAUAGUGGUAAUACUGGGCUUGUGCUGCUGUAUCGUUGAAGGACGACUGGCCACAGAGAAAUGUGAAGAAUAUCAGAAUGUCAUCGUUAAUCGACAGUUCCUGAUACCGCUUACGCUUCAGCCCAAGCCGAUCGAGUUCGAAGUGUAUAACUGCACGAACGUUAUCCAGCUGAUUGUCGGUGGUGAAGAGGCGAAGCAUGGCGAGUUUCCCCAUCACGCCUUGCUUGGCUUCCCGAAGGAGGACAACCCGGAUAAACUCGAGUUCAGUUGCGGCGGUACGCUCAUCAGCGAUCAGCACGUCCUGACGGCGGCCCAUUGCUUCGAGAGGGUGACACCGACGGUGGUUCGUCUCGGCGAGUAUAACACCGAAGUUGAAAAACCGGACGAGUAUGAGAGUGACAUCGACAGUGUCCGGAAACAUCCGAACUAUAGAUUCUCGCGCUCGUACGAUGACAUUGCGCUGGUGAAGCUGAAGUACCCGAUUUUGCUGUCGAAACACAUCCGACCGGCUUGCUUGUGGGAAACGGAGCAGCGUAAUGUAACGAGCUACAUUGCGACCGGAUUCGGACAUACCGAGGCUUACAACCCCGUACAGUCCACGGUGAUGCUGAAGGUACAGUUGGAGGAGUUUCCGGUCGGUGAUUGUUCCCAGGCUUUCCAUGGUGUUCGAAAGUUCAAGAGUGGCAUCAAGGAUGGGCAGCUGUGUAUUGGAAGUAGGGUGAAGGGACGGGACACGUGCCAGGGUGACUCGGGUGGCCCGAUACAGGUGGUGACCAAUUCGAAAAGCUGUACGUACGCCGUGGUUGCUAUCACGUCGACGGGUGGUAUCUGUGGCGUAGGGAAAGCCGUGUACACGAAGGUGUCGCAUUAUAUCGACUGGAUCGAGGACAAUGUGUGGGGUGCUAAUGCGAUGUAAGCACGAGGAGGAGAGGUAUCUUUGAACGAAAGGAUUCUUAUGUGACAUAAGAAAGGAGCGAGGGGUUAAACUGAGUACCUUAUGCGAUAUGCUACUGACCGGGUGGAUGAGGUCGUUAAAGAAGAGCCGAAUAAAGUAACGUGUUCAGUACAGAUAUGAA